AUGCUGUCCAUAUCAAUGGUUGCCUUGCAUCUAACCUGCACCACGAACAUACAUCAUAAAGCUAGCUCUGCCACCUCACAACUCCACCACCUGCCCCACAUGGCACUUUCGAGCAUCCUAGAAAAAAUACAGCAGAAAGGUAUCAUUCGAAAUGCUCCAGCAUCACAACAUCCAUCGCAAUCACAGGCUCUGAUGCCAAGUAAGAAACCACAGACUGCUGAAAGGGUCAUUGACCCUGUCGUGGCUCGCUUAAAAGCAGCACGAAAGGCCGAACGAGAAAAACAAGAAGCUUUACUCCGACAGAAAAAGGGGCUUGCGCCAAAGAAAAAGGUAGACAACUCUGCUCCAAAGAGAAUACCUUCAGGAAAAGCCGAUUCAAAAAGUACCACUAGAAAAGAUGUGAGAGGAGACAACCUACGAAAUAAGAAAAACCCACUUCACAAUUUACCUCCUCGGACUCCCUUGCCUCAGCAGCCCAAAAUGUCUUUCUCAGAGCUCAUGCAAAAGGCCUCAUCCAUAGAUCAGAGUAAACUCUCCAUUCUGAUACAAGGAACUAAGGAUAAUGCCGAUGGAAAGCUGCAGACUGCACGAAAAAUUCAGCCUGGUGCUGACAAAACAUAUACUUCUCAACAGAGAAACGGUACGAAGCACCUUAUGGCUAGUGGUACCGGCAGAACACAUUCACCCUCUUUCAGACAACCUCAGCCGUCAAAAGCGGCCUUGAGUAGAAGCUUUGCACAAAAGAAACAAUCUUCCAUACAAACGCCGGCAAAAUCUGCUCAGGCGCCAGCUCCUCAGAGAGCACCGCUUCCUAUUCGAAAGCCGUCUUCACAACUUCAGGAACGACUCAAAAAGACUGGAAACAAGCUGGGAUCAAGACAUCUUAGUCACUCUUCCGGCUUCAAAAAUAGGGCUUACGAGGAAGGCAACUAUGACGAUGACGAUGACGAUGACGAGGAUGAUGAUGAUGACCUAGAUUCCUUCAUUGCAUCUGAGGAAGAGGCUGAAGAAGAGGCUGUUGACUAUGAUAGAGAUGAAAUUUGGUCAAUGUUCAACAGAGGUAGGAAAAGAACAUACUACACUGGUGACUCCGACUCUGACGAUAUGGAAGCGACAGGAGCUGAAAUUCUCGCCGAAGAAGCUCGCUCCAAGCGUAAUGCUCUAGAGGAAGAUCGUAGAGAACAGGAAGAGGAAGAGAGACUCGCUUCUUUGAAGAGAGCUAGAAAAAAGGGAAAAGCUUGA